AUGAAUAAUCUUUACUUUCAAACUAACGAUAAUUCUGACCUCUAUAUUAACGAUGAUCCUGACCUCCAUUUUAGCGAUGAUCCUGACUUUCAUAUUAUUGAUGAGGUUGAAACUAUUUACGAAGAAGAUCUAGAAUCCUUUGAAAAUGAAAGUGUAUUAAUUUCUUCUGAUGAUGAACUUCAAGAGAUUGAUGAUAAUAUUGCAUGCGAUUUAAAUGAAGAUACAAUAACCUAUUUUACUAAAGAAUUAGCAUCGAAGAAAAUUGCAUGA